ACCAACGGAUGCUAGGCUCAACACGCCGAAGGAAAGCGUCCCCGAUCAAGUUCCCCAACCGGGAUUGAUUGCCAUCCAUGGAUGCCCUGCAAACGCAACACGCCGCCGCGGCAGCGUCGCCGGCGGCGAGGCGCCUCCGGGGAGGAGGAGCCGGGCACGCUGCGCCUCGGAGGGUGGAGUUCGGACGGCCGCGGCGCGGCGGCAGCGCGAGGGACGUCCUGAGCGUCGCCGGGCCCGGCCGCUUCUCCGUCCAGGCCGCCGGCGCCGUCGUCCAAGGCGGCACCAAGAACAGCCGCGAUGUGGUGGAGGACGUGGGCGCGGUGCGGCUGUUCGUGGGCCUGCCGAUCAACUCGGUGACGGACGGCGCGACGGUGAACAGCGCCAGGGGCAUCGAGGCCGGGAUGCGCGCCGUGAAGCUCCUGGGCGUGGACGGCGUGGAGCUGCAGGUGUUCUGGUCCGUGGUGCAGCCGGAGUCGCCGGACAAGUUCUCGUGGACCGGGUACCGCGCCGUGGCCGACAUGGCCCGCGACGAGGGCCUCAGCCUCCGGGUCUCCCUCCGCAUCCACGGCUCGCCGGGCGGCAGCGUCCCCAAGCUCCCGUCCUGGGUCGGCGCCGCCGCCGCCAAGGACCGCGACAUCCUCUUCACCGACGGCGCCGGCGGGCGCCACGAGGACUGCCUCUCCUUCGCCGUCGACGAGCUCCCCGUGCUCGCCGGCAUGUCCCCCCUCCAGCGCUACGAGGCCUUCUUCCGCAGCUUCGUCGACGCCUUCGACGACCUCUUCGAGUCCACCAUCACCGACGUGACGGUGGGGCUGGGGCCGAACGGCGAGCUCCGGUACCCGUCGUACCCGCCGGGGAGCGACGUGACGCAGUUCAUCGGCGUGGGCGAGUUCCAGUGCUACGACAAGUACAUGCUGGCGCAGCUGAGGCAGCACGCGGAGGCGCUGGGCAACCCGAUGUGGGGCCUCGCCGGCCCGCACAACGCGCCGGGGUACGACGAGUCGCCGGACUCGAGCGAGUUCUUCCGCGACCACGGCUCGUGGGACAGCCCCUACGGCGAUUUCUUCCUCUCCUGGUACGCCGGGAAGCUGCUCAGCCACGGCGACCGCGUCCUCGGCAUGGCGAGCCGCGUGUUCGGCAGCAAGCCGGUGGAGCUGUCGGCCAAGGUGCCGUUCAUGCACUGGUGGCACGGCGCGCAGUCGCGGCCGGCGGAGGCGGUGGCGGGGUUCUACAAGAGCAACAAGAAGAACGGGUACAGCCCGGUGGCCAAGGUGUUCGCGCAGCACGGGUGCACCAUGGUGGUGCCCGGCAUGGACGUGUGCAUGAACAAGCAGCAGCGGAACACGGGGUCCAGCCCGGACAAGCUGCUGGUGCAGAUCAAGAACGCGUGCCGGCGGCACGGCGCGCGCAUCGCCGGCGAGAACGCGUCGCUGGUGAUGACGCACACCAGCAGCUUCCCGCGGAUCAAGAGCAACAUCGUCACCGCGGAGCUGAUGCGGCCGACCUUCUUCACCUACAGGCGGAUGGGGGCCGAGUUCUUCUCGCCGGAGCACUGGCCGCCCUUCAUGGAGUUCGUGCGCAGCGUCGUCUGCGGCGAGUGGGACGAGGACGACGAGACGGCCGCCGCCGUCUCCACCUACGACGAGCUGCCGCAGCCAGUUUGACGCUUUUUUAAUCAUCCAUCAGCCCAGAUGAGAUGAGAUAUGAGAUAUGAAUAUAUGAUCCGACCCAAUUAUUAAUAAUUGGAUCGAGAGUUCAAGUGUAUAUGAAUUUCAUAUUUUUCUUCAUUUGAUGAGGCUGCUGUAUUAUGGUUAUACUGUCUCAAGAUGAGACUUUUUUCAUAAUAACUAAGAAGAUAUAGGUCACUGCAAA